AAGCGGUUCCGGGACGUGCGGGAGCCAACAUGGAGCCUGUCGGGGCUGCGGGACCUGGGGGAGGCUGGUGAGGGAGAGGUUCGACACAGAGCGGGCGCGGAGCCAGGGACGCUCCCGGUCUCUCCUGCGAGUGCCCGGCCGUGCGGCGGGCGGAGUUACCCGGACCAUGUCCCUGGGCGAGUACGAGCGGCACUGCGACUCCAUCAACUCCGACUUCGGCAGCGAGUCCUCGGGCCGGGGCGCGCCCCGCGCGGGCCCCAGCCUGGGCGCCGAGCAGGAGGAGCUGCACUAUGUCCCCAUCCGCAUCCUGGGCCGCGGCGCCUUCGGGGAGGCCACCCUCUACCGCCGGACCGAGGAUGACUCGCUUGUGGUGUGGAAAGAGGUGGAUCUCACCCGAUUAUCAGAAAAAGAGCGUCGUGAUGCUUUGAAUGAAAUAGUUAUCCUUGCUCUGUUGCAGCAUGACAACAUCAUUGCCUACUACAAUCAUUUCAUGGAUAACACCACACUGCUGAUCGAGCUGGAAUACUGUAAUGGGGGGAACCUCUACGAUAAGAUCCUGCGGCAGAAAGACAAGUUGUUUGAGGAAGAGAUGGUAGUGUGGUACCUAUUUCAGAUUGCAUCAGCUGUGAGCUGUAUCCAUAGAGCAGGAAUCCUUCACAGAGAUAUAAAGACAUUAAAUAUCUUCCUCACCAAGGCAAACCUGAUUAAGUUGGGAGACUAUGGGUUGGCAAAGAAGCUGAACUCUGAGUACUCCAUGGCUGAGACUUUGGUGGGAACUCCAUACUACAUGUCCCCAGAGCUCUGCCAGGGGGUGAAAUACAACUUCAAAUCUGAUAUCUGGGCUGUGGGCUGUGUUGUCUUUGAGCUUCUCACCCUGAAGAGAACCUUUGAUGCUACAAAUCCCCUAAACCUGUGUGUGAAGAUUGUAAAGGGAAAUCGGGCCAUGGAGGUUGAUUCCAGUGUCUAUUCCCUGGAGCUGAUCCAGAUGGUGCACUCCUGCCUCGAUCAGGAUCCUGAGAAGAGGCCAACUGCCGAUGAGCUGCUUGAACAUGUUCUUCUCAGCAAACGCAGGAGGGAGAUGGAGGAGAAAGUCACUCUGCUUAAUGGGCCAACCAAACGACCAAGGUCGAGCACCGUCAGUGAGACACCAAUUGCAGUGGUGACUUCGCGCACUAGUGAGGUGUAUGUUUGGGGGGGUGGGAAGUCCACCCCCCAGAAGCUGGAUGUCAUCAAAAGUGGCUGCAGUGCGCGCCAGGUGUGUGCCGGAAACACUCACUUUGCUGUGGUGACAGUGGAGAAGGAGCUCUACACUUGGGUGAAUAUGCAGGGGGGCACAAAGCUGCAUGGCCAGCUGGGGCAUGGAGACAAAGCUUCAUACCGGCAGCCAAAGCGUGUGGAGAAGUUGCAGGGGAAGGCUAUCCACCAGGUGUCCUGUGGGGAUGACUUUACCGUUUGCAUCACAGAUGAAGGCCAGAUGUAUGCCUUUGGCUCGGACUAUUAUGGUUGCAUGGGUGUUGACAAGGCAUUUGGCUCUGAGGUCCUGGACCCUCUGCAGCUGGACUUCUUCCUCAGCAACCCUGUGGAGCAGGUCUCCUGUGGAGAUAAUCACGUGGCUGUUCUGACCAGAAACAGAGAGGUCUACUCGUGGGGCUGUGGGGAGUAUGGGCGCCUGGGUUUGGAUUCGGAAGAGGAUCACUACACCCCUCAGAAGGUGGAUGUUCCAACGACCUUGAACAUUGUCUCAGUCCAGUGUGGCUGUGAUGGGACUUUCCUGCUGACCCAGACGGGCAAAGUGCUGGCAUGUGGACUCAACGAGUUCAACAAACUGGGCCUGAACCAAUGCACGUCUGGGAUCAUCAACCAUGAUACCUACUAUGAAGUUCCCUACACCACUUCCCUUACUCUGGCCAAGCAACUCUCCUUCUACAAGAUCCGCACCAUUGCCCCAGGAAAGACGCACACAGCCUCCAUAGAUGAGCGGGGACGCUUGCUGACCUUCGGCUCCAACAAGUGUGGACAGCUGGGUGUUGGCGACUAUAAGAAGCAUCUGGGAAUUAACCUGCUAGGAGGCCCCCUUGGGGGUAAGCAGGUGAUCAGGGUUUCAUGCGGAGAUGAAUUCACCAUAGCUGCUACUGACGAUAACCAUAUCUUUGCCUGGGGCAAUGGUGGGAAUGGACGUCUGGCAAUGACACCGACAGAGAGAGCUCAUGGCUCCGAUAUUUGUACUUCAUGGCCUCGGCCCAUUUUUGGGUCCCUGCAUCACGUUCCAGAUCUGUCCUGCCGUGGCUGGCACACCAUUCUCAUUGUUGAAAAGGUGCUGAAUUCCAAAACCAUCCGAUCCAACAGUAGUGGCUUGUCCAUCGGUACUGUGGCUCAGAGCUCCACAACUGGUGGAGGAGAGGAGGAGGAAAAUGAACGGGAAUUUGAAACCCCUGAUCCAAGUGGAGGCUUUCGGGGAACCAUGGAAGCAGAUCGUGGAAUAGGGGGCUGGGUCAGUGCAACAGAGGCCAUGGGGGACAGCAAUGCCGACAGCAGCUCCUGCCCUGGCUGGCUGCGUAAGGAACUGGAGAAUGCUGAAUUCAUCCCCAUGCCUGACAGCCCCUUUCCUAUGAGCACAGACUCUUCAGAGCCUGAAAAGGAGACUCUUCCCUACGUGGAACUGCAAGGACUCAAAGCGGCCUCUGAUGCUUCUGCUGAAUUCAACAAGCCCAAGACAGAGCCCCAGCAAAUGUGUUCAGCUCUAGCCCUGCCCUGUGUAGAGGGAAAGGCAGCAUCUCCAGCUUCAGCCUGUGUGUGCAGCACUUUGCAAACUGAGGUGGAGCGGUUGCAGGGCUUGGUGUUACAGUGUCUGGCUGAUCAACAGAAGCUGCAGGAGGAAACCAGUCGUCUCAGUGCCCAGCUCCAGAGGUUCUGCAGGGGGACGGAGGGAAUGCAGCAGCUGCAGGCUCAUUCCAAAGGAACCCAGACAGCCAAAGAAGAGAUGGAAACGGAUCCAAAAACUGACUUGGAUUCAGAUUCCUGGUGUCUCUUGGGAACGGACUCAUGCCGCUCCAGCCUCUAGUCUCCUGAGCCUGCUGGGGUCCAUUCAACUUCACAACACACUAACUGAAUGCAGAGAGCGGCUUUCCUGGCUUCAGGUCACUCACAGAUAAGGAGCGAGGGCGGAGGCUCCAGAGCAACACCCAUGUACGUUUGGUGAUAUGGUCUAGGAGUGAGUUUUCAGAGGGGCAGGGCCCUGAGCUCCAGGCCAUGGUCAGCUCAGUGAUUAUGGCAGCAGCAGCUCUUCUCUGUACCUCAUCCGUCAAUCCUGCCCUUGAGGCAAGACGACCCUGGACCCAUCAUGUUGAUGGCUCCAGUAGCAGCUUGUGGCCCUUUUGUUUCAUUGCUUCCUGAGAGCUGCCCUUGGGACCCCAGCAUUAGUCACUGCACCUCUAGAGGAGAGAAAGAGAACCAUUGAGAACGGAAGUUGGCUGAACUCUAACUCCCAAUCUUCACUUUAGAGUGGUGAACUCUGAGCUGCUCACGGCCAUUAUGGCAAUGGACAGGGCCUUAGCCUGUGGGACAGCUCAAUGCUGCUUAUGGGCAAACAGAGCUUUGAAUGUGUUUUACUUUGGAGGCAGUGGGGAGAUGGUGAUAGAAAGCGUGCCCCUGACUUGAGGUGCAGCCAUUGGCCAUACAGCUGUGUGCCCUAGUCCUACAGAUGAAGUUUAAAUGCUUUAUUCUGAGGACCUAGCACUCAGCUAGUGCUUUUCACCCUCCAAGCACUGCACAAACAGGAGAAUUGGAUGUAGUUUCCAGUUGUAACAGAGGGAACUGCUUGAGAUAGGGUUCUUGAGUUCAGACCAGCUGCUUCCUAAACAGAAAAGGGGUGUCUGGAUCUCAGGCUGUGUCACACUCAUUACUCCAUCUGUUCAGCUAGUUUUGGGUGCCAGAGCUCCUCUUGUCAUGUCUGGUUUCUCAGAGUGAGACCAUUGCUGCUCCUGGCUUUGCUUCUACUUAUCCCUCACAAUAGGCUGGCACACAGUCUCCAUGCUGGUGUCGGCCUCGUCAGUAUUCCCCCCAACCACUCCAUUGUUUUGACAAAGUGGGAGCACAGCUGCCCUCUCAGCAUGGGUCUUUACUGCAGUGCACACAGAAUGUAUCUUUCCCAAGGGCAGUAUAUGGUUAGGCCUCAGUCUAAGUCUCACCCCUUCUCUAGCUGCACCAGGUUCUCUCCCAAGGAACUUGAAGUGGCCUGACACUUGGGACUUUCCCAUAUCCCUAGUAGGGAAUGAGAUUAGAUUUUUCUAAAUUGUUUAGCUAAUUGACUUGGGGUGGAUUUUUGGGUUGGGAAGGGCCUCUAGGGGGAAGCUAGUCCCUCACUCCUUCCCCAGGGUGGGGCUUCUAGGAAGCAGAGUCCUCUCCUCCCGUGCAGUGGGGUGGGACUGUGAUUUCAUUAUCCCUAAAACUGUCCCCAUCACCCAGGGUGUCUCUGGUGUUGCCUUGAAUCUUUCAAUGAGAGCUGUUUCACCUGCCUUAGACUUUUCUUCCCUUGUGGGGACUGUUUAAGGGUGCUAAGGUUUUUCUUGAUGAAAUCCUCUGUCUGGGGACAGAUGCCAAAGUGUCAUGCUUGGAAUCAGUGCUCUUUUAGGAUCUUCUCUCGUGUCUAUCACUAUAGUAUCCUAGAGCUGAAUCAAAUGCAGUCUGUUCUGGGCAGCAACCUGGGCAGAGUUAGACCUCAAUCUGGCUGUCCUUAUCGUUGUAGGGAGGAAAGGAGGGAGACAGCUCCAAUGUAGAGUCUUGAAUGCCAGGAGUUCAAGGAUUGCUUGGUUACUGUUGGUGACUAUGCCCUCUCUUCUCCCAUACGUAUUGGAGCCAUUUCUCAGGUUAGGAGUCCCAGCAUAAGAAUUCUGUUGCUGCAGUGGAGAUGGAGUCUGUCAUGUUGCAGCAGUGGCUUUGAGAAGGAGUGAAGUGCUAAUCCUAAGCCAUGUCCAAUAAGCAAGCACCAAGCUGAUGGGAGUCGCUCUCCUGCAGUGUACUGCUAUCCUCGUUUCUCAGUGCUCUGCAGUUGGGAAGACUGGAUUCCCCUUGGAUCUAGUAGAGGAUUCAAAUCCCUGGCAGAAAGUGUCCUGUGCUCCACAACCUCAUAUGUGCCUUAGAGGAUUCACGCUAUCCAAGUGGUGCCUAUUACAGACCACUGAUUUUCACACCAGCUAGCUUUGCAACCAAAAAAGCAGUUUAAACCCAGCACCAUGUUUUGGGCUGGAAAGUGAAGGGCAAGUGGGCAGAAGUGCCUUUGAACAGUUUCAAAACCCUUUUUACUUCUCCCCCUUUUGCAUUGCUAGCUCCAUAUGUCAGUCUCUUGCUAGUUUUGCUAUUGAGUUGUUAUAGUGGAACACGACUUAUGCCUGCUCUGACACUGGCAGAAUAACUAGUUUGUCAUUGUCUUUCUUUGAAAGAAUAAAGAGUGGAGUGGUUUGUAGUUUGUUUAAAUAAAUGUUUAAACUAAU